UUCUCUGUGGAAACCACCUAAAUUCGGUGUAUUAUUAAUUAUAAUAUUUUCCCACAUACAAAACGAGAAAAAUAAUUAAAAUUAUUUAUUAAAUCAAUAAGUAGAGUUGUUAACUUUAAUCAAGAGAACUUAAUGGCCAAAGUAAGAAUACCCAAACAGAAGGUAAUAUUGUGCGGUGAUUAUGGAGUGGGCAAAAGUUCUUUGUUUCGACGUUUUACCAAUAAUACAUUUGUGACGGACACAGACCGCAAGUCUACUUUGGGUUUAGACCAUAUUGACAAAGACUAUCGCAUAGAUGACAAACAAAUAAAGUUGCAGUUAUGGGAUACUGGCGGUAUGGAAAGGGUGGCAUCGGUUACCUCUUCCUAUUACAAAUUUGCCGAGGGAGCUAUUUUGGUGUUUGCCUUAGAUAGUGCCGCCUCUUUUCACUCUUUAUCACAGCAUCUCUUGGACAUAGUGACGUAUGCAGAAAAUGCUAAAAUUUUCAUUUGUGGCAAUAAGUCUGACCUGGAGGGCCGGGAGCCCGAAGUCACCGAUGCCGAAGUAGAGGCAUUUUGUGAACAGUGUCACACACUUAUAAGUGCCACUUAUAAGACAUCUUGUAAAACCGGCGAAGGCAUAGAGGAAAUGUUUGAGGACAUUUCACGUAUACUAGUAGAAGCGAACCGUUCAAAAAUGGAUUUACAGGCUAGCAUGGAACAGCACGGUUUUCAAAUCGUAGCCGGCCAAGUGGAACUAAUGGACGGUAUUGAUGAGGGCGAGGAAGCCUCUAGUUGUGUUUGCUAGCAAAUGGCCGAACUGGAGUUCGGUUAAGAAGCCAGUGCCAAGUAUAAUUGAUAUAAGGUUGGUUGGGGUUUGUAGUUCGUCAACCCCAGGAGGGUGGUACUUUUGUAAAUGUAUUACUCAUAUUCAUAAGAGGUCUCAAUUUAUCAUUGUAAUACGAUUUCAUGUAACAAGUUUUGUAAAAGCUUUAAUUUAUAAUUUAUAUUAACUUAAUAUAGGUUUAUUAAUCAUCACAUAUUAUUAAAGAACAUAUUUUUAACAUUAACACUCAAAGAAAGAAAAUAUUUAUUAUUAUUUUCCGACCUAAUAGAUUUGCCAAGCCAAAUGAAAAAAAAACGUCCAUUAAUCAUGAAUUUUGAAAACAAAAAAAAUACUUUAUUAGAAAUCUAUAUUUGUAAACUUAAGAUUUUGAUGUUAGAAGAGCCCGGCUUAAAAUGUAGAUAAAGCAGUGCUGCUUUAUAUUGAGGUUCAUUAAAUAAACCAACCGGUGUUGUGUUGGUUCAAAAUCUCUUUUCAUCUCAUUUAAAUAAAACAUCGAAAUAUCAAAACCAUAUUUUUUCAUAAAAAGCAUUUUAUAUCAAUAGUUUUAAGAUGAUUAAACUAACAAAAAUGUUUGCUUAAGAACAAAUAAUAAUUAAUAAAAUACUAAAUAUUAAUUUUACUAAAAGAAAUUAUUUAAAAGAAAGUUAAAUUUCUUUAAUUUAAAUAAAAACAAAAGAAAAUUUCUUUAAAAUUAACAAAUAUCAAAAAUAAAAAAAAUAAAAUAUUGUGACAUUUUCCCAACUACUGUCGAAAAAUGAAUAAAGUUUUAAAUGAAAAACCAUUUAAUAAUUG